UUGGUCCUUUCUUCAAUGACUGAAGUGUCCAGGGACAUGAAACUCAAUCCACAUCAAGCUCCUUUGUAUGGUCGAUGUGUUGUCACAGUGCAGCUUUCUGAUGAAGAGCUGGCUGCGGAUGGUCGGGGCGUGGACUACUUUCUGCUGUUUUCUGGCAGCACACAGAGACAUCUAACCAGCACACUAAGGAGCAGCCAUGACACCCUACAGGCAUUAUGUCCCGCUCAUGACUGCUGUGAGGUGGUGCUGGUCACCUUGUGUUCAGCUACCCAAGCUACCUCUGGGGACUCGGAGGACCCAGCGUCCGGCCCGGGUUGCGUGGCUCCAUUGGCUGAGCAUCGAUUCCACUUUGUCCAGGAUUUGGCUUUUGACAUGGCCCAGUUUCUGGUGAGCACAGCGGGCCGGGCUGAUGGUCUCGAUGGGGCUCUGCUCCUGGAUGAGUGUCAGAUUCCCCUGCGAGAGUGUGAGCGCCUAGAUGAGAGCCUGGCACUGGCCCUCCACCACCUCGUGUUGCCUCCAGGAUGGAGCCUACUGGGAAGCAAUCAAGCCAGCAGCACUGGCCUGAGCCCACAAGAGACUCUACUGCAUUUCUCAGCACGGCGCGGCCUCUCUCGGGUGACACGCUUUCUGCUGCGGCAACACGGAGCCAGGGAUGCUCUUCAGUUGGUCAACAAAGAAGGCCACACCCCAGCUGCUAUAGCGGCACUGCGAGGACACGAGCAUCUCCACGAGCUCCUCACAAACAGGACUGAGACGGAUGCAGAGACGAAUGAGGCAUCUGAGACUCUCCAGCUGGUGUCUGCAGAGUGUCGAGUGUGCUGCAACUCCCCUACGUUGAACACACACACUCUGACGGUGAGCAUCUGCCCCGGCCAUAGCGUUCCAACCCUUCAGGAGAGUGUGGAGUAUCUUCUGCACCUAUUAAGCCACCUCCAUGCCAAGGGACUUUCUGAAUUGGAGCUACAGUUGGACUCUCUUCACACUGCUGCUGAAUGUCGUGACGGUGUGAAAACAAACUUAACCUGUCAGAAGCAACUCCAGCAGCCCACAUCAACGUCAGAGUGCCUGCUUACAGAAACUGAAGGGAGCGAGGGAGAAAGUAUCAAAGGGAAGAGUGGCAGCAUUGUUGUUUGGGAACUUGAUGAGACUUGUAACUUGGAGAAAAAAGAAAACUUACCUUUAGUGUCAGAAAUCCCUCUCCAGCAGCACAGCCUCGACCUCCAGGAGGACGGGGUGUGUCUCAGUUCGAACUCAAAUGGAGAGAGCUGCCAAACGGAUGGGAGGGUUGAUUCCAGUUUAAAUUUGUGUGACAGGAGUGAAAGGGCACAGGGUGAGGCUGAAGGGGAAAUCGUCACUGUGGGAAACGUCCCAGCAGAAGGCUGCUGUAAACAGGCAGAGGAAGCUGACACAGGGGAGGCUGUGAUCCGGGAAGAACAGGAGGCCGAGAAGGAAGAGGAGCAGUCUGAGCAGGAAGCGGGAGACGUCACAGCCACGAGGAAGGAGGAGGAGAGCAUAUCAGAGCUGACGGUUCUGACAUCAGCCAGUCGAGACACACAGUCCACAGUCAUGGGCCAGUCUCCGUUGUCAGGGAGCUCCGAAUUUUUAAACACCCAUGAAUCAGAAACAAAGCUGAGAUCUCUGGAAGGAGAGAACAUUGAGAAAGAACACACAGAACUUACCCAGGAACUCUUUGACGGGUCCAAUCCAGAUGAGGAGAAGGCCGGGAGGGAAGAGUUAACAGACCCCGUAUCAACCCCAAGAGACCUCCCCAACCCACCGCUGAUAGUCUGUGGUGAUGUAAUCGAGCAGCGUGAAUCUGCUGUUCCACGUGUCCUGAUAGAAGGCCUCCAUGAUGGGGAACCUCCGCCAGACAUAAACAGCCACGAACAAAACCAGGAAACAGCUGGUAGGGAUUAUGCAGCUGAACAGGAGGGGGGCUCAGCUUCAGAAGCAGUUUAUCAUUCUGGAAAUCGUGCUGGAGCUGUGAGCAACGACGAGCUAGACGACAAAGACACAGCUGAAGCCCGAAGUGUCGCUUCGGGUGAACCAGAGAAUGCAGAAUUUCAGAUCGCCGAUGACUCCAUAGAGGAAACCUGGAUUGACCAGUUAAACUCUGAGCAAUCACUAGGGUCCAUGCUGGCUAAAAGGAAGACUGACCUUGAUUCAGGUGUGGUACACCGCAUCUCCAGCGAUGAAGAAGGCAGUUUUAAAUCAUUCGGAAGCUCUUCAACAGAAAUAUUUCACGCUACUCAGGACAAUGGCACUAUAGAGGAGGGAGAUUUGCUUCAAGCUAUGACUGCAGAAAUGUCCUUAAAAGGAUGCACAGAGGACCCAAAUAAUCAAAAGCCCAGUGAAAGCCAUAAAUAUUCAUUAGGUGAAGACACUGAGCUCUCUUUGGACCCUGGCAUUGUCAGUUCCCUCAACCCUUCUGAGGGUGGUCGAGAUGGCACGGAACCUGAAUCCCAAAUGUCAGCCAGCCUCCCGACGAUGCAGGGAUUGAAUCAUGAAGAUGGCGAGGAACUACUUACAGACCUUUCUGAACAGGGUUCAGGGUUGGAUCUAAUUAUUUCAGUUAGACAAGAUGCUCCAACAGUGGAAGCUGAUGAAGGUGACAUCAGGGAAAAUAGCAUCAGUUCUGAUGUGAAUAUUGUGAUUGAGCAUGAUACAUCAGAGUUGUCUGCGACCAUCCAGUCUGAAUCAAGUCUGUCUGGUGGAGAGGAGAACAAAAUCGAUGGUCCGGUUGAAGAUGAUCAACAGAUGGACAUCAAUGAUAAAUUAGAGGCAGCAGAGGAAAGUGGCAAUGUGCAAAUGCAACCUGAACAGGGUGACUCAAAAAAGACUGUGGACAUGGCAUCAGCUGAGAAUCAGCUCACCGUCUCAUUGUCACAGGACCCCGAUCCACAGUCAGACAUCUUCGAUGUGAGCCUGUUGGACUUGGGACCACAUGCUUCUAUCGCUGAAGUAUCUAUGGACCCUCGCGUUGAGGAUCAGAUGACUGACAACCCAAAUGCUGGCGAUGCAGUGGAUGGAGCGUUAGCGUUGGAGAGCUGCACUGCUGCAGACCGAGAGACGGAAAUCGUCCAGGCUGAAGACACUGUAAGACACACAGUGGAGAAGGAAAAUGGCCCAGCCGAGGGACCGGACUGCUCUGAGAUCCACCGAGACAGAGAGGCGUCGUUCCAUCAGACUUGUAACCCUCAGCACUCAGAAUCCUCAACGUCUUCCGCAUUUUCCAGUUUGCCCAGCAGAACCAGCAGUUCCACCAGCUGUCCCUUGUCCACUCACAGAGAUUCGGGCAGUGACAUUGAAAGCCUCCUCAAUGCAGAGCCAGGAUAUGACAGCGUCUUUAGAAAGAAUGAUGAGCCUGUAACAGGAGGAGACAGCACCAGCGAGGUCUCCGUCUCUUGCUCCUCCACAGACGACACGGCCAGCGUUGGCCCGUCCAGUUCCAGUCCUGAGGGCAGCCAGGGCCUAAGUGGCAGCUGGAGCCCAGAGGAGGGCAUCCAGUCGGAGGCUACUAGCACUGAAGGCCAGAAUAUUGCUGGAGGAGGAGGGGACGCUGAAGAGGAGGCAAAAGACAGAGUAACUGAGGUGCCGCGGCGUUCCUGUCUCUUCCGGAACAGCAAACGCUCUCUGUCGCCCCUUCGCCGCCACAGCUGGGGUCCAGGAAAGAACAACGGAGCAGAAUCGGAGAUGAACCAGAGGAGUUCCAUCCGUAGUCCUGGUGAGGGGAAGCCAGCCUUUCACAGGAGAAGCUACAGCUUGGAAGGGCUCAGUGGGAUCCAGGAAGAGCUGAGAGGCUCCACCAUCCAAGAGCCCCGCAUCCUGGAGCAUUCCAGGAUGCCUCGGCACAACAGCGAUGACAGAGGCUCCCUGGUGUCUCUGACGGAGGAGCAGGAGGAGCGGGAGGAGGACAGCAGACUGCACGAACAGAAAUUACGGCGUUAUCGGCCUCUGAGAAACAGCUGUCCCUCCAUGACCCUACCUCUCACCAAGUCUGUGUCCAUGGUCACCAUCAGCCAUAAAGACAGCGAUGGCACAAGGUUGUUUUCCAGCACUUCUGGGUCAGUAGCAUACAGUAUAUCAGAGGAGGAGCCUGGGCCUUUGCGAAACGACCUAGAGGGAAGGAACGCAACAAAAGUCAGCCGGACCUUCAGCUACCUGAAGAGCAAGAUGUACAAAAAGACACGGGAAAAAGAUCGAGACAAAAGAGACAAGGACAAGGAAAGCAAGGAGAAAAAGACUGUGAACGGACAUCUCUUUUCACCAAUCAGCUCGAACCAGUCCGUCCAGUGUUCCCACUGCAAUAAAGCUUUUAAUGGCAAAGAGGCGUUCUGUUGCACGUACUGUAAUGCAUCCGUCCACAAGGGCUGCAGGGACAGCAUGUCUGUUUGUGCCAACGUGAAGAUGAAGUUGCCCAAACAGCAGUUUACCGUGCCAGAUUCCAGCGCUCCAUGCUCGGUUUCCGCCGUCACAAUGAGGAACAAAGCUGGUGGGACGAGGGAUCGUCCCAGGUCUGCUGUUUUGAGCCCUGAAGACAUUCUUCCUCUGAUGAUCCCAGGAUCACGGAGACACACCAGCAUCAUGAUGUUCCCUGGAAACAAUCUUUCAAAGAGUCUCUCAAUAAGCAACAUUGCAGGCCCAUUUGAUGAGAUGCCCAUUAAAGGCCUGCGGUACCUCUCUCAGUCCACGGACUCGCUCAACAGGACCAACCAGGUCACAGAAUCCAUGGAGUCCCUCACCGACGAAGGAACAGAGAUGAUGGACGCGCUGCUGCUGGGGGAGUUUGAGGCGAAUGUCAAAGAGUUUGAAGCAGAUUCAUGGAGUCUGUGUGUGGAGCAGCAGUACCUGCAGCAGCAAAACAAAGAGCUGGUCAAGAAACAAGAUGUCAUCUAUGAACUGAUGCAGACAGAGAUGCAUCACAUCCGGACGUUGCGUAUAAUGUCAGAAGUAUAUAGCAAAGGUCUGCUAAAGGAGGUUCCGCUGGACCAACACACGGUCGAAAAGAUGUUUCCGGCACUGGAUGAUCUCUUGGACCUACACUCACAGCUCCUCCAACGGCUCUUCGACCGAAAAAAGGAGAGCCAGCUGGAGGGGGGAGGAUCAGAGGGAGGCUUCGUCAUCAACAGGAUAGGAGACAUUCUGGUUAGCCAGUUCUCGGAAUUCAAGGGAGAAAGUAUGAAAAGGGUUUAUGGUAAAUUCUGCAGCCGCCACAAUGAAGCCGUCAACGUCUACAAGGACCUCAUGAACAAAAACAAAAACUUUAAAACCUUCAUGAAGAAAAAGAGAAGUAGCAGUACUGUGCGGAGGCUUGAUAUCCCAGAAUGCAUCCUGCUGGUGACCCAGCGGAUUACAAAGUACCCUGUUCUGAUUCAGAGAAUUUUGUUGCACACAAAAGAUACAGAUGAAGACUACGAUGACCUGAAUGAGGCCAUUCGGUUGGUGAAAGAGGUUAUUGCUGCAGUCGACAGCAAGGUGAACGAGCAUGAAAAGAAGCAACGUCUUAAGGAAUUCCACAGCCGCAUGGACAGCAAGUCCAUCAUGAUAUUGAAGAGCGGCCAGUUUUUUGCCAGAGAGGACCUGCUGAGACGGAAGCUGAUCCAUGAUGGAGCUCUGCAGUUGAAGAAUACACAGGGAAGACUUAAGGACGUUCAAGCUCUGCUGCUAUCAGAUGUCUUGGUCUUCCUGCAGGAGAAGGACCAGAAAUAUGUCUUUGCCAUGCUGGACCAGCGCUCCACAGUCAUCUCCCUCCAGAAGCUGAUCGUCAGGGAGGUCGCCAACAAAGAGCGUGGCCUAUUCCUCAUCACGGCAGGCACCGAGAAGCCAGAGAUGAUGGAAGUGCUGGCCAGCUCGAAGGAGGAACGUAACACCUGGAUGCAGCUCAUCCAGACCGCCAUGCAGUCCAUGGAGAAAGACGAGGACGAGGGGAUCCCCAGUGAGACAGAAGAUGACAAAAGACAAUUAGAGAGCAAAGCCAAAGAGAUCAGAGAUAUGUUGAAGCAGAAAGAUACGGAGAUCAUGUCUCUGUUGGAGGAGAAGGUGCGGCUCUUCAGGGAGAUGUGGGAGGGCUUGAGCCCUGGCGAAGAGGCCUGCAGGCAGGUUGAGCCUUUCUUCAGGUCAGCCUGCAGCCAGGAGCCGCCUCAGGGGGCGUCCAUCAUGAAAGAUGCCCUGCAGGAAGUGGAGACGUUGCAGGCACUGGUGAAUGGCAGCCUGGGGGGAGCGAUGGCCAGCGUGCACGAGGGAGGAGGCGCCGGGCCGGUGUGUCUCCCUCGCCGGGCCGAGACCUUUGGAGGCUUUGACAGUCACCAGAUGCAUGGCAGCAAGAGUGGAGACAGAGACGAGAGCGAGGACGCAGCAGGAGACCUGCGCAGGACAGAGUCCGACAGCGUUUUGAAGAAGGGAGGAAACGCCAAUCUGCUGCAGCUGCUGAAGAGAAACAGUGAGCAGGUUCUCCACAGCGUCUCCAACCUGCAUCUCCUGCUCAGCACUCUGCAGGCGGUGGUGGUCCAGCAGGACAGCUACAUCGAGGACCAGCGGCAGGCCCUGAGCGAGCGCUCCUCAUCCUGCACGUCCUUGUCUCGCCACUCCUCCCGGCCCAGCUCGCUGAUUGAGCAGGAGAAGCAGCGCAGCCUGGAGAAGCAGCGGCAGGAGCUGGCCUCCCUGCAGAGACAACAGGCAGCCCUCACCGAGGAGAAGCGGAAGAGGGAGAAGGAGUGGGAGCGGUGGGAGCAGCAGCUCUCCGAGAGAGAGUCAGCAGUGCACUUACAGGAGGAGGAGGUGCAAAAACAGCACAAGCAGCUUGAGGGGGAGAAGAUGGAGCUGCAGAGCAAGAAAGAAGAGUACCAAAGAGACCUGGAGAGGUUGAGAGAUGCCCAGAGGAAGCUGGAGAAGGAGAGGGAGGCUGUGCAGCGGCAGAUCCACAGGAUGGAAGACUUGCGUCUGUCUGAGAGGACUCCCUCCACAACGUCUGACGAAUCCCUGUUCCUCGGCAGCUCCCAGUCCCUGGAGCUGGACCCACUGGAGCUCUCCUCAUCCUCAUCAUCCUCCACCCUGCCCAGGCUGCAGCCCCAGCGCUCCAAGACCAGUAGGAAAGGCCUGAAUCCCUUCACCUCAUCCUCCAGCAGCCUCAAGAGCAGCGAGGCCAACAACCAGAUCUCAAAGAGCUUCCUGCAGCUGACCAAGACCAAGAGCAAAGAUGGGAAGAAGAAGAAGAAGAGCAAAGGCGGUAGCGCACAGGCAGCAGACCCCCAGCACGUUCCAGAGCCCCCCAGGGACGGAGAGAUCUUCUUCUGCUAAGACAAAGCUCAGUCGCCUCGUCCUGCUCCUCCUCUUCAUCAUCACUAUGACCCUGCCGCAUCACUGACACCCGGAGAGGACCGUAUUACCACAGAGCAUUGGAAUUAUCUUAAAUUGGCUUUUCUCUGGAGAUGCACCAAUUAGGCCUAUUGUAGGCUGGUACUGGUUUUCAUUUUGAUUAAUUCCCAUAUAUUUUUUUGUAAUAUAAGAAAUGAAAGAAAUAAAAUGUGCAGCAGGUUCUCUGAUAAAAAUGUAUAAGAUUUGAAUCAGUAGAAAAUAGGGAAAUUACAAGAUUAUUCCUAUUUACGCAUCAAAGCGUAUGUCCCAUACCUUUAUCCAUUUUUUUUACAAUUAAACUUCACCAUAAAAGUGCAUCGAACUAAAUGCGGUUGGAGAUGUAUUUAUAGCUCAAAUGAGAUUUCUUAAUUUUCAUGGAAUUGAUGAGUAAAGUCUGAUUUCCUGGUUUUUGACCUGCUUAUCACCGAUCAGACCCAAUUAAGGGACAAUCGGACGAUUCCAAUCUCUGUCUUUUUAUUUUACGUGUCAAGAUACAGAGAAAAACUGAACAUUACAUGCAAGAAAAAAUGUCAUUUUAAAGUGAAAACCACUGCUUUUAUUCUGUGGAGACAAGCUGAUUUUAAGAGUUUUGUAAUAUUGCACAUCUAAGCGCGUUCUAUUCAAGCGUCCACUUUAAUUUUUCAAACAAACGUCUAGAAUCUCUUCAUUUGCAGCAGCGAUCAGACAGCUCACUGAGCUUCACGGCACACUGGCUCUUCAGCUUAACUAAGCGCUGCACGCUGGGAUGACUGAGGCUGCUCGUUUCCACAAGCAAGACCUGGUUCCAGGCGACUUCCACCGUGCGCGCAGGGACACCCAGUCGAUUGCAAAUGCCACUCAGAUUAGAACUUCAGCGGACUCAGUGUGGCACCGGAACAUCCUUGACGCUAAUCAUAUUCAUUAACAGUUAAUUGAAGACUGAAACCACUAAAGGGACUCUGUGUUGUCCUGGCAACAUUUCUUUAUCACGGGAGCUCAGUGCUGUCUCAGUGUUUCGCUCCAACAUCCACAGUUAGACUGAAAAGCACAUUCGAUUACAACCACUCAUUUUUGUUGCCACCAGAUUGUAAGUAAAAUGGAUGUGGCAGCGAAUGAUGAGUUAAGUAAUCCUCAUAGAUGGCUUUACGCCAUUCAUCAUGAUUCCCAAUAAGGUAUUUAUUUAAAUUAGGGAUGUCUCCAUUUUGGAGUGAAACUCUUAAGACUCCACAGUAAUGAAAGGAUUGAGACACACACUAUCUCUCCAUGUCAAAUGGCUCAAUUCAUAUCCUUUUAGUGUGUUGUAGAACCUUGGAUGGAUAUUAGCUUGAUCCUCCUGUUAUCUGCCUGUCAAUGAGCUUUUAUGCAGCCCUCAUCUUUCAUCUGAGCCCAGACAACGGGAGGGGAGGGGGACUCUCCUUCGUGUUUUAAUUGCAUGUAACUCCGCAGGUAGCAUACUAAUAGAUGCUGUUACAGGGUUCAACAUUCUCUUUCAUUUUGCUGCUUUCGGCUCUGAUUAGAAAGUCUGUAGACAAGAAGCUGCCGAUGGUUUAAAAAAACUGAAAUCUGUUUAUAAAGAAAGAGCAAAAAAUGCCACAGGUUGAUUAAAACCUCUCAUCAUUUCAUGCAGUUCACUCAGUGUUUUAAGCACUUUGGUCCCAAAACAUUAAUAUAUCUUUUUAUAUUAGUGUUGUUUUUAUUUUAAAUCCAAGUCAACAAUGAUCCAAAGAGAAAUGAUGUGUUCAAGUGCAUAAGAGAUGCGUUUUUUUAAUGUUUCGAUACAAAAAUGAAGAUGUUAGGUUUUAUGGAGCUUUUUCAGUGCAGAUAGCCCCAAUGUUUAAUCCUGUGGUUUAGACUCUCUAAGCCUAUAUUUUAGGCUACACAGUUACCUGCAGGACAGGUAAGAAAAAAAACAUAUUGUGAAAACAUAAAACAAAACAAAAAAUCGAGAAUUUGCAGUAAUCGAGUAAGCAGAGUCAACGCUUUGCUUCCUCUCAGCCUCCUUUGUCUUGUGUUUAAGUGCUUGUAUACUAACUGGCCUGUGUCUGUGUGCAGGAUUUGACUUCAUGUCCAGGCGGGGUUGUUAUAGUGCGUCUUGUAAGAGGCUCACAAUGCCUGCCAAUUAUUUGCUCCAUGUCCUUUGUUUAUGGGUUUGGUGUAAUCCGGUCACAGAAACAGAGAGGAAAGGGCUUUUUAAAAAAACAAAAUAAAAAAUUAGGUGCUCAUUUGCUUUGACCACUAGAGAGCAGUGCACCUAUAACUAGACAAACCCCCUCCCUCACAGAACCAAAACAAACAGAAAGUUCAAAUCCGCUCCUUCCCCGUAGGUCUAUACUGUCCCUGCUGUGAGAAAUUGAUAUAUUUUUCUCAGCGGGUCAUCGGCGUACAGAAGAUAAUUCGAUGAGCGUGGGCUCUCACGCUCUGUGACAUUUUCCCCUACAGCAUUUGUAACUGACUGAAGGAACAAAUAAGUUGUCAGAUUGUAAUUGGUUAUGCAACGCUGGCAGUCAGCAGCAGCUUUAAGUUGUAAGUAGAGGUGGGGUGGGUGUGUGUGUGUGAAGGAGAGAGGCCUGUCUGUGCCAGGGACAAUCAGCAGACGCAGUCCAGGAAAAUGAGCUCCCUCCUCAAUGAUGAUGAGCCUGUCUGUGAGACGGGUGUGUGUGUGCAUCAGGUGAAGCCCACGUAGCCUUAAAUCUUAAUAAUAAAAUGCACUAGAGUAGAAGCCAGCGUCUUCUCAGGACAGAGGAGAGCUUUUAUACCUCUGCUUUCAAUCGAAGGAUAUGUUUGUACUAUAUAAAUGGUACACUGUUCAUUCUCAGCAUUGUAAAAAGAAAAGGGCAAAAAUGUAAAUAUGAUCUAUGUAUAAAACCAAUCAACUGUAAAAAAAACAAAACAAAAAAUAGUGUGAUUUGUGAUUUAUUGCAGCAUUUUGUAAGUGUUUUAUUUAUGUAUUACCCUCAUCCUCGGGGUAGUGAACAAUGUAAAAACCAUAUUUCUCUCACAAUAAUAAAAAAAUCAUAACAGUGAA